AUGACUACCACCAAUAAACUAGACAUCUACAAUGCCAAACCUCCAGUCUUUGAUGGAGAGAAAUUUGAUUAUUGGAAGGAUAGAAUCGAAAGCUUCUUCCUAGGCUAUGACGCUGACUUAUGGGACAUGGUUAUAAUUGGUUAUGAACCACCUGUAUAUACUCCUGGAGUUGUCAUUAUUAUGAACAAAAUGAGCGAUGAUCAGAAGCGAGACUUCAAAAAUCAUCAUAAGGCCAGAACGAUUCAGCUGAACACCAUAUCCUACAAUGAAUAUGAAAAGAUCACAAACAGGGAUAUAAAUAAAGAAAUAUUUGAUUCCCUAAAGAUGACUCACGAAGGCAACAAUCAAGUUAAGGAGACUAAGACUCUGGCCUUAAUCCAAAAAUAUGAAGCCUUCAGAAUGGAGGACGAUGGAGCUGUAGAGAAGCUUCGACAAAAAUUCAAGGCCCUAAAAAGGGUCCAUGAAGAAACUAUUGAAGAAUGUGAUAAGCUUAAGAUAGAAGUUUCUGAAUUAAAAGGUUCUGACGAAAAGUCUAAAGAAUCUGAGGAUGCUGAAAGGGAAACACCAAAAGUAACUGAAAUCUCAACCUCACAGAAAAGAUCCAGAAACAGACUAAACGUUUAUGAAGAGUUGACUCUAGGAAACAAGGAUGAACCUGUCAAAACAAGAGAAGUUGGGGAGAGGCUAAAGGCUCGUCUGGCCAGAGAGGCAGAAGAGAGAGCUCGCGGAAAAGCAGAAGAAAAGGAUAAAUUUGAAGCAGAGGAGAAAGCAAGAAGAGAAACUGCAGAAAAGGCCGCCGCUGAGAGUGCUGCUGCUGUUGAAGCUGAAGCCAAAGCCAAGGCCGACGUUGAAGAAGCAACACACAUUGCCGCGGAAGAAGCUGCCAAGGAAAAGGACGUAGCUCUGACUCAAGGUGAAUCAUCUCAUUUUGAGUUUGCUCCACUGGUGUUGAAGACUCUGGAGGAACUCCAUAAAGAAUAA